AUGAAAGUUAAGGUUGUUAGCAGGAAGUUAAUAAAACCAUGUACCCCAACUCCUCCAAACCUUAACAAGUACAAGUUGUCUUUCGUAGACGAGCGCGUCCCGCCGAUAAACGUGGGCGUCGUUCUGUUUUACCCAACGUCGUCAAAUAUUCGAAAACAUCGCUUGGAGGAAUCGUUGGCUAAAAUCUUACCCGAAUUCUACAUUCUUGCCGGAAGAUACGUCAAGAAUGACUACGUCGUCGAUUGCGGUGAUCACGGUGUUGAGUUCAUAGAAGCAGAAGCCGUCGAAGUGGAGUUGGUCGAUUUAUUGGAAAUCAAAGAAGUACUAAAUGAUCUCCUUCCGAGCAAAUUCUACCUAACCGACGAAUCUUCGGAAGAUCCGCUUUUAUCGAUCCAGGUCACGGAGUUGAAGCCGUGUGGCGGGCUUGUAAUAAGCGUCAGCGUUUGUCACAGAAUUUUCGAUGCAUCUUCUCUCGGGACAUUCGUCGCCGCGUGGUCAAAUGCCACAAACGAUAACAAUCAUCCGAUCGGGAUUCGCCCGAGUUUCGAGUCGCCAUCGUUGUUUCCCGGGACGAAUCCGGACCAGGAUUCGUCGCCCGUUAGGACAACCUAUGAUCCUAAUAUUGUCGUCAAGAGAUUUUCGUUCGACAAGGAUGCGAUCGCAAUCCUUAGAUCGAAAUUGUCACAAGGGACAAAACAAAGCACGAGAAUUCCAGAGUGCGUCUGGGCGAAACACGGAGGAGAAUCGAGAUCUUGCCUCAUGUCGCAAGCGGUGAACAUGCGUUCGAGAACAAUCCCGCCUCUCCAAAAGCACUCUUGUGGGAAUUUGAUAUUAUUAUCACCCACGCCGUGCUUUAUUUCUCCGGCCGAAACAACAAAUAAUAAUAAUAACAAUAACGUCGUAAUUGGGAUCGAACGACAACUCGUUGAUAUUCUCGGUGAUGCUCUCGAAAAAACCAUAGCUGAUUGUGCCGAAAUGUUUUCUCCGGGUCGUUGGCGAAGUGUAAUGAUGGGUCCCGUGGAAGAUAUGUACGGGAAACUAAUGAGUGGGGAGGUUAGUUAUUCAAUCAUGUUUAGCGAUUGGAGUAAGUUUGGAUUCUACAAAGCCGAUUUCGGGUGGGGGAAGCCCGUCGGCGCCCGAAUCGGGACAAUGACUCUUGAAAACAGCGUAAUACUAUUGGAUAACAAAGAGGGUGACGGGAUUGAUGCGUGGGUGCAGUUGAGUCGCGACGACAUGCCUCUCUUCGAACAAGACCACGGCAUCAAGUUAUAUACAACAUAA